GAUAAGUGUUUUUUUUCCCAACUACACUCGUCCCCCCUCUACCUCUUCACCAUUCUAUCAAUGCUGCUUUUCUUGAUUCCACAUCUUGCACAGUUUAUUCAGCAUUCCUUCAAUUUCCUCCUUCACUACUUUUUGUGUAGAUGGAACAGACCCUAUCUCACCUAUGGCAUCUGAACAGACUGUAUCCCUUUACUAUAUUUCUUUAGCCCUCUGUCUCAUGCCAGAUAAUGAUAUCUCAAUCACAUAGUUGGAUGAGCAACAUGGUAACUCUGGUAGCCAUCAGAACACAGACCAUGAUAGAGAAACCCAGCACUGUCACUCAUCCUGAUUUUAGAAUUUCACUCACUCACUCACUCACUCACUCACUCACUCACUCACUCACUCACUCACACAGAGCCUCUCCAACAUUCCUUACUGCCCCUGCCUGCCCUCUCUUCUCUUCCACACAAGCUUCACUGCUUUUGCUCUCUCUGCUCUUAUUCUUUCUCCCCUUUCUUGCUCUCCUCCACCUCCUAUACCUCCUCCUAUACUUUCUUUCUCUCCUCUACCUCCUCCUAUACUUUCUUUCUCUCCUCUACCUCCUCCUAUACUUUCUUUCUCUCUUCCACCUCCUCCUAUACCUUCUUUCUCUCUUCCACCUCCUCCUAUACCUUCUUGCUCUCUUCCACCUCCUCCUAUACCUUCUUGCUCUCUUCCACCUCCUCCUAUACCUUCUUGCUCUCUUCCACCUCCUCCUAUACCUUCUUGCUCUCUUCCACCUCCUCCUAUACCUUCUUGCUCUCUUCCACCUCCUCCUAUACCUUCUUGCUCUCUUCCACCUCCUCCUAUACCUUCUUGCUCUCUUCCACCUCCUCCUAUACCUUCUUGCUCUCUUCCACCUCCUCCUAUACCUUCUUGCUCUCUUCCACCUCCUCCUAUACCUUCUUGCUCUCUUCCACCUCCUCCUAUACCUUCUUGCUCUCUUCCACCUCCUCCUAUACCUUCUUGCUCUCUUCCACCUCCUCCUAUACCUUCUUGCUCUCUUCCACCUCCUCCUAUACCUUCUUGCUCUCCUCCACCUCCUCCAAUACCAUCUUGCUCUCCUCCUAUACCUUCUUGCUCUCCUCCUAUACUUUCUUGCUCUCCUCCACCACCUCCUAUACUUUCAUUGCAGGAGCAAGAAGAGUCAGUCAGUGAGGAUGAAAUAGUUUCCUCUGGUUGUAAUUUGUGGUGUCUUCUGUGGAUCUUAGAUUAGAAAGACCCUCUCUCUGUCUCUCUCUCUGCUGCAUGGGUGGUGGUCUCUGUGGUACAGAUAACUGAUGGUGUGCAGCAUGGCAGACACAACAUCGCCCACACCAUCAUUCGGUUUACUUAUGGUAAUAAUAAUGGGAACAUUAAGUAACACAGGGUUUUCCUCCCUCUUGUAGUCUCCUUAGUGACAUGCAGAUUCGCUUAUCUCAAAUAUUGGCUGUUGUAUCUCUUGCGUUCGUUUCCUCUUUGACAUUGAAAUGCUCAAAACCCCUGAUAUCCCCUA